AUGUCUCAAGGCCGGUUAUUGGACCUGGUCAAGUCACAAUGUCGUAUCUUCUCGCUCAACUUCAACCCGCAAAGACUCCGAUUGGGAAAUAAGAUCCUCAGACAGCGACUUCGUGGCCCUGCACUUGCAGCAUGGUACCCCAAGCAGGAAGUGUCUUUCCGCGAUCUCCAGAACACAUACAAGCCUCUUGGAUUGACGACUUUCGACGAGGCUGAAGAUGACCGAGAGGAGGCUAUUCAAAUUGCAAAGCUUCGAGGAAAGGGCCGACCGAAGAAGAAGCGGACCGCUGCAGAAUCCCGAUCAGCAAAAAAGAAGAAAUAG